AUGAAGAACAUCUUGUUGUUACGUAUGUUUUAACACGUAUAUUAUAUUUUUUUAGCCAUGAAAAUUUAGUUGUUUUAUCAAAAAAUGAAAAAAUUAUAAUUUUUGUAAAAUAUUGAGGUAUAUGUUUAUAUAAAAUUAUGUUUAACCGUAAUAUUGAUGUACAAUAGGGUUCGAUUUAACUACAACAUGAUAUUUAGUGAUCGUACUACAUCUUGCGGUCGAAACGACGUUGGCCGCAUUUGCUCAAGGUAAUUUACAGCUGGUUUUUCAUCCGAAAAGUGGAAAAUCCAGCGAAAAUCACCCGAUUUCGGACAAUUUGACAGCUUUAUGGUAAGUUUUUAGGUAUUAAAACUUCCUUUUUACAUUUUGUAUAAUCUUCAGGACCUCAGGAGGAUUAUACUAGCUUUUGAUAGCGUUAACAUUGCCUGAACUUACAUAAAUUUGAUGUUAAGCCUUCAUACGUCUUUGAAUCUAAAACAACAUAUUAAAAUCAAUUUUUCAGGUGUCAAGCAGUAGCAAAAGGACCAGACGGAGAAUAUGUAAAGCUGCCAGUAAAAAGUGCACGGUUUCUACAUUACAAUCCAAACAAACAGCUACAAGCUCGAAUUGACAAUCGUCGGGCAUACCUCGAUCUAGGUCCACAAAAUCUGUUGGCUACGGGAAAAUACAAAUGUGAAAUUGUGACAGAAGAAGAGGAAAUGGUGCACGGAAACUUGUUUGUGUAUUGUGAGUGUUAUAUUGCUCAAUAUAUUGUUAUUUGGAUUCGGUUUUUUGGAGUGAGCUAUAUUAAUGUAGCUAUCUCGAUGAAGGGAUGGAAUUUUGAUAUGAUUUUGGUAUUUUUGGAUAGGGAAAAAGUUAUGGAAGAUAAUGUUAACCUAAUCUUGGAAAAAUUUUCUAAAAAUAGUACCUAAACUCUAAUUUUAGUACGACCAGUCUUCCACACAAACUCCUCAUUCCGUCUGGACUUUAAAGACGAAGAAAACCUCUUCGCAUUCAAUGGUCCAUCAUCAAAAUUUGUUCGAGGAACAACAGCAAUCCUCGAGUGUCCAGCCAAAGGUUAUCCAAAGCCGGAUUUCCGAUGGUUCAAAGAGGGCGAGUUCAUCGAACCGUCGGCCAAGUUCAAAAUUCAACAUAAUCAGUUGAAAAUCUACGAUGUAACGGACGAAGACGCUGGAUCUUAUCGGUGUGUUGCUUCGAACGCUUUUCCAGUCUAUUUGGAUGCGGAAGAGACCAAGUUCGACUUGAUUUUGGAUCAACAAUUGAGAGUUACGGGUAAGGAUAAUAUCAGGUGUUUUGAUGAAAUAGUGCGAUAUUUGGUGUUUUAUCGACUAUUAUUUAUUGAAAAAAGGAUAUUAUAAGGGUUUUUGGGUUAUAACAAACAUUUUUUAAGUUUUUGAAUAAUCGGUACCAGUGGUACCAAAAAGUGUACCAAAAGUAAAUUUGAUAAAAUCAUCAAAAAUACGUAUUUUUAGCACCAAAAAGUAUAAUUCUCAAAAUUUCAGGUAGUUUGGACUGGCUGGUACCACUGAUCGUGAUCAUCAUCAUCCUGAUCCUCCUGUUCGUCAUCAUCUACUCGUGCGCGUACUGGAAGAAGCGGGCUGGACGCAAGAGCUACGACGUCGCCAAGGAAGAGUUAGCGGGAAUUCCCCCUACGAUUGUUAAACGUGUUCGUUGCAGGAAAAACAUUCACGACUCGGAGCAGCAGCGGCUACGCGACGACCAGGACUAG